CAAAGAAAAAACAACAACAAUCAACAGACACAUCGGAGAGACACCACAGCUCGUCUGACGUACCACGCUCGUUUGUCUUUUCUUCGUCCCAAUUCCUCUCUCCUCCCCCCUCCAACCUUGCCCUCCUCCUCCCGACCUUCCCACCAUAGUCCCGUGGACUGGUUCGGCUGAGAUCGGCCCCGCAUUCCAUCCAUCCGCCCAUCGCCGGCAGCAGCCAUCGCAAGGCCACCUGAGGAAGCUGCAACCGUUCUGGAAAGCAAACAAGUACGUUCCAGGGCACCUACAACAAUAUCUCGGGAUUCUUCUCUACGAGAAGGCUCAACGGAAAGAAAGAGGUCAGUUCUCUCCUUUGGUCUCCCUCCCCACCAACAGCACAACAGGAGGCCGUCCACUCAUGAAUGUUGGGGUGGUGGUGUCCUGGUGGUGGUCCAGUGUCGUUCAAGUUCCGUCGCACUUGUGUCGUCCGUGAUCUCGACUCCGACCCGCCGCAGUGGCAAAAGCCACAGCCAACCCCGUCAGCUGCCUUUGCUGCCCCACCACACACGCGCGCUGUCAACCAAAAGCCAUUGUCGGCUGUCGGGCAGCUUUGGAGGCAUCCAGCCAGUUACAACAGCUCAUUGGCAUAUGUUCGAGAUGCUAACAGUUAACUUGAUGCACCAAGGCCAACCUCAUAUUGCCGCCACAGCAAGGCCGUGAGCCAUCGGCCUCGUGCUGCUUUCUACUCGUCGUCCUAAUCUCGUUCUGUAUGUUGAAAAUCAUAUCAUCUAUCUACCUAAUCCACACCUGUUACCACGCAAUCGAAAAAGAGUCAGACUGUCGCCUUCCACUGCCACUGCCAAUCCCGCUACUGAGCCAGCCAGCCAGUCGUGCAUCUCGCAUAUCCCAACAUUGUCUUAACGGGGCCGGCAACAGCAUGUCAUGCAGGGUCCUGGACCGCAACGACUCUCGUCCUCCCUCCGCACUCUCGUUUUUUCCUUCCCUAGUUCUCUUCUCUAGUCCUUCGUCUCUUUUGAUUUCUUUUCUUGUUUUCUAACACACCGCUUUUUUUUUGCGAAAACAGGCCCAGCAUGGACGCGCUGCUCCAAACCAGCGGUCCGGAGCAUGAUGGCCAACAAUACGUCAAAGCCUUUGCCCAGGUGACAUACGAAACGACUCAGAAAUGCUAUCCGGUCGUGCUGCUUCUCGCCUUUAUUAUCUCGGCCGGCAUCCAUAGCAUCGCCAAAUCGAGGACUGAGGAAGAACUCCUGAUUCCGACAGCCACAGGUCCAGGUGGCAAGCCGCUGCCCAUUACGAAGCGAAAACGGGAGCACCGAGAUCAGCAAUCGUUAUAUUCCACCGACGGCUGCAACGGAGGCAUCUCAAUCCAGGUUUUUCGGUAUUUGGUGGGCGCCUUGAUUUUGUCGUUUGCUGCCAAUGCGGCUGCAACUGCUCUGCAUGUCUGGCAAUCCAGCAAGGUUGGAGGAGAGCUGUGGUGGUGUGGGGAGGAGAGAGUUGUCUACGUCGUGGGCGCGGCGUUUUUAUACAUUUACGUUUUAAUCACCCUCUUUGACUGGGAUGACAGCCCGACGCCAGUGCACUCGAUAAUUUGGGUGCUUGGUCUUUUUGGGGAAGCAAUUAUCCUUUUAUCGUUUGUCUGCACCCUCGCCACUGGGAAAUAUGUCUUGGACGGCGAGGAGAUGGGGGCUCUCCGAGAAAACCCACUGGGUUUCUGGGACUUGACAGAUCUGGGCAUUGGAGGUGUCCGGCUGCUCAUUGUUGUGUUUUUGGUCAGCAUGUACGCCCUCGUCGCAUCAAAAAGACGCCUGGAAGAACGGCGGCUUUUGGACGAAGAGGCGAACCGGUCGGACUCGGAUGAAACGAGCCCGCUUCUUUCGCACAGCGGAACCGCAACACCUUACAACCGUGGACGAUCAAGACAAAACUCGGAUUAUGGAGGCACCCGCAAUGUCAACAAAAAUGCCAACAACGAUCCUGAAGGCGGUUACCAGCAAUGCGAGGACAAUGCCGCCUUUUACCGACCCGACAAACUGCCGCAUAAAACCUGGUUCGAAUAUUGCCGUGGAUACUCGAUCUUCUUCCCCUAUCUCUGGCCCAGCAAUUCGACCAAGCUCAAGCUCAUCGUCUUGUUAUGUUUUGUGCUGGAAGUCUCGCAGCGUGUCGUCAAUAUCAUGGUCCCCGAACAGAUCAAGACUGUGACAGAUACCCUUGCCAAGAAUUUCGACCACCCCAACACCGGAACAGGUGCCAAAAUUGCCUCUGGCUUGACGGGAAUCUUCAGCUUCUCUGGCGGCGAAGAUAACGGUGAAAACCCUGGCAAUACUGGGGCUCCGUGGUUUGAUCUCGGGCUCUUCAUUGCGCUCAAGCUUCUCCAGGGCCCAUCCGGAUUGCUGGGAUCAGCCCGCUCCAUUCUUUGGAUUCCCGUAUCUCAGCACACCUACCGCGCCCUCACGACAGCAGCUUUCGAACAUGUUCACUCCCUGUCUCUGGAUUUCCACUUGGGAAAGCGCACUGGUGAAGUGCUCUCUGCUCUUAACAAGGGUGCCUCGAUCAACCAGUUCUUGGAACAGGUCACCUUCCAGGUUGUGCCAAUGUUGGUCGAUCUUUUGCUCGCCAUCGGUUGGUUUUACUUCCGGUACGGAGCGAUGUAUGCACUUUUUGUGUCCAUCAUCACGUUUUACUACCUCUACUUGACCAUUCGCAUGGCUGCCACUAGAUCUGAUCAACGACGCGACAUGGUCAAUGCCGACCGCGAGGAAGAGGCUGUCAAAAACGACUCGAUCACAUCAUACGAGACGGUCAAAUACUUCAACGCCGAGCAGCACGAAUUUGCGCGGUAUCGCAAUGCCAUUGUCAAUUUCCAGACUGCAGAGGCCAAGGUUACAUGGGGCAUCAAUCAUAUGAACAUGUGCCAGUCGAUUGUGUUCAUGUGCGGUUUGUUGGUUGUCCUCUUGACCUGCGGCUAUGAAGUAUCUCAGGGGACACGCACUGUCGGUGAAUUCACGUCCUUGGUCACGUAUCUCGCCCAGCUGCAAGGCCCGCUCAACUUCUUUGGCUCGUUCUACCGUACGAUUCAGCAGGCCAUGAUCUCGGGUGAGAGACUGCUUGAAUUGUUCAAGAUCCAGCCUACUGUGGUUGACAGCCCCGGGGCAGUCCCCCUGCAGGAGAGCACCGGCCAUAUUAAGUGGGAGAACGUUGGCUUUUCAUACGACAGCCGCAGAACCGCCCUUCACGAUCUGUCAUUUGAGUGCAAGCCCGGCACGACCACCGCUUUUGUGGGAGAGUCUGGUGGAGGCAAGUCGACUGUCUUCCGGCUCAUGUUCCGGUAUUACAACCCCAAAACCGGAAGACUUUUGAUCGAAGGCCAGGAUGUUCAAGACCUCACCAUUGACUCGGUGCGCCGCGCCAUUGGUGUUGUUCCUCAGGACACGAUCCUCUUCAACGAGACGCUCAUGUACAACCUCCGCUAUGCCAACCCCAGCGCAUCCGACGAAGAGAUCUAUGAGGCGUGCCGGGCUGCUGCCAUUCACGACCGCAUCAUGAGCUUCCCUGAUGGCUACAACACCAAGGUGGGAGAGCGAGGCCUCCGGCUCAGCGGUGGCGAGAAGCAACGUGUGGCGAUUGCACGAACAAUUCUCAAGAACCCCAAGAUCAUCAUGCUGGAUGAGGCGACGUCGGCACUUGAUGGAGAAACAGAGCAAAAGAUCCAGUCGAAACUGAUUAGUGGCAAGUUCGGACAAGGCCGCACCUUGUUGAUUAUUGCUCACCGACUGUCGACCAUCACUCACGCAGACCAGAUCAUUGUUCUCCAUGCCGGCACCAUGGUGGAGAAGGGCACUCACGAGGAGCUUCUGGCCCUCAACGGUCGCUACGCCGCCAUGUGGGAAAAGCACUGCCGCGCCGAACGUGCGGCUGAACAUGCUCGCGACGCAACACGGAAAGCCAAGAAGCUCAUGGGCUAUGCAAACAUUUCUAGGCCCAGCGGUGCGAAUGGCUACGAUAGCAUGUUGUCAUCCGCCAUCCUGCCUACGGCCAUGAACAGCCCUACGCUCGCACCGAAGCAUGACGACAGCCGCUCCAUCAGCUCGAAUGAUAGCCAUCAUUCUGGCAGUGGCUCUGACGGCACCCUUCAAGAGGAGGACGACGAGCAGCCGGAAAAGUUGCAGCCCAACGGGGUGAAGCAAGACGAGGAGCGUAGGCCGCUUCUGUACUCGUUCCCCUCGGGCACCACAGCUGGCCGCUCGACGGAUGCCCCGGACCGUGUUUGAUUUUCAAGCACUCGAUUCCCUACUGUCGGAUUUGUCAGACCACAUUUUGGCAUUUUUGCGUUUUUACCCUUUUUGAAUCCGAUAGAGCGCUCAACACAUGCGGAGCACAGCCAAUAACUUUAAUGAGGCGACAUUGAUCACCUCCCUAAUCAACUAAUCAAGAAUCCUGGACGCCUUCAACUGCCAAGCCGGGGUUGAUGAUUUCACCGUCCAACAACACGGCGAACUGUCGACAAGCCGGCGGUAUACCCUACUGUAACGAAUAUCACGACACGCACGACUGUCAGCGAUCACAGUAUAGCACAGCACAGCGCAGCGAAGCGAGCUUUUUAAUAGUCCUACAUCUCAACAUUCCUCUUCUGUUUGUAUACUUGUUGUUUUUUGCUUUUAUUUCUCCGUGUUUGGGGGUUUGCGCUGCGCAUGUUUUUCUGAGACGACAGAGACGAAUCUCCUCUAGCCUUGUUUUUUCUCGGUUUUUUAUAUUUCUUCUCCUUUUUCUUUGAAACCACGAAAUGAUAUCCCCAGCAUAUGGGCGGCGUUGUGUGCGUGCUUUGACUUUUGAUCAAGGCGGUGGGAGGGUGGAUGGGGUGAGGAGGGGGAAAGGGGGUUGUAGAGAAAAUGAAUGAGAGCCUGUUUCAGCGCAAAGCGAACAAGCGAGUGUUUACUACCUUCUUUUCCCUCAUGAUGUGUCUGGUAGAUUGGGGGGGUCCAAGGGGGUCGUCCGUCUGCAGGACAUCACCGACGGGCAUAAAGGCGAAAGGAGUUUCAUCGGGGAUGUUGGGGCUUAUGAGUUUGGCGUUUUGGUCGUGUUGUUUGUUUGAGCGUAAGUUUCAUGGUUUUUUUUUGGGAUGUCUGUAUGCUUUUGAUGUGUAGGACGCAAGAGGCAACGUUAAUGGGGUUUUUUUGUUGCCUUGCGCUGGUGAGGGAAGGGAGAAAGGCCUAAAGGAAAGGAAAAAGGGGCCUGAUACCAUCAUUGUGAGUUGAGAUGUGUGUAGAAUGAGAUUCUUCUGAGAUAUGAAGAGGGAAUAACACGAAAGUCUGUCAUUUGAUGGACGUUAUUUACAAGAUUUUGAG